GAUAGAAAACUUACAAAAGUAGAGAGGCAGAGAUUUAAAGAGGAAGCAGAAAUGUUGAAAGGUCUACAGCAUCCCAACAUUGUGAGAUUUUAUGACUUCUGGGAGUCCUGUGUAAAAGGGAAAAGAUGCAUCGUGCUGGUUACCGAAUUGAUGACCUCUGGAACACUAAAGACGUAUCUGAAGAGAUUUAAAGUGAUGAAACCAAAAGUCCUGCGUAGCUGGUGCCGGCAAAUCCUGAAGGGUCUUCUUUUCUUGCACACAAGAACUCCACCAAUAAUUCACAGAGACUUAAAAUGUGACAAUAUUUUUAUUACUGGACCAACUGGAUCUGUGAAGAUAGGAGACUUGGGUCUGGCAACCCUCAAGAGAGCUUCAUUUGCCAAAAGUGUAAUAGGUACACCAGAAUUUAUGGCCCCGGAAAUGUAUGAGGAACACUAUGAUGAAUCUGUGGACGUCUAUGCUUUUGGAAUGUGCAUGUUGGAAAUGGCUACCUCAGAAUACCCUUACUCAGAAUGCCAGAAUGCUGCUCAAAUUUACCGGAAAGUAACCUGUGGUAUAAAGCCAGCAAGUUUUGAGAAAGUUACUGAUCCUGAAAUUAAGGAGAUAAUCGGAGAGUGCAUUUGCAAAAAUAAGGAAGAAAGAUAUGAAAUUAAAGAUUUAUUAAGCCAUGCCUUUUUUGCUGAAGAUACUGGGGUAAGAGUGGAACUUGCAGAAGAAGACCAUGGUAGGAAAUCCUCUAUUGCCUUAAGACUCUGGGUAGAAGAUCCUAAGAAACUGAAAGGAAAACCCAAAGAUAAUGGAGCCAUUGAGUUUACUUUUGAUCUGGAGAAGGAAACUCCUGAUGAUGUUGCACAAGAAAUGAUUGACUCUGGAUUUUUUCAUGAAAAUGAUCUCAAGAUAGUUGCGAAGUCAAUACGUGACAGAGUAGCGUUAAUACUAUGGAGAAGAGAGAGAAUUUGGCCUAGGAUGCAGUCAGAGGAACGUCGGGACUCUGAAUGUCUGGAGAAGUUGAAGACGCCGCAUGCGCAGCAGGUCCAGGUCACCUACCUGUCUCACACUGGUCACCAUGUGCUGUCAGAGUCGGAGGAGCCCGAGGCAGACCAGCAUCCCUUUCAGCAAAACCUGCCCACCAGCGUCACCUCCGUUGCAUCCGACAGCACAUUUGACAGUGGCCAGGGCUCCACUGUUUAUUCGGACUCCCAAAGCAGCCAGCAAAGUGUCAUCUACUCAUCUUUGCCUGAUCCUGUACCUCCUGCUAUCCAGCGGGUGUAUAGCCCACCUGUGAGCGAGAGCCAGGCUGUGCCCCAUAGCCUUCAGCAGCUGGGGCACUACCAGCAGCCCUCAGGACCUGGCCUCCCCGCAGUUCAGGCCGCACCCGCGGUGGUCUCCCAGCGCCCUCAGCACUACCAGGAGCCGGCAAUACCAUUCCCCGUCGUCCAGCCCACCACUGUUCCCUCCCUGCAGCUGGGGCAGCCGCAGCCAGUACUGACCGGCCAGCAGCAACCCAUAUCACAACAAGCUUCUCUGCAGCAGGUGCUUGCCAGCCAGCCGGUUUGCCCAAUCCAGCCUGCAACCCAUCUGUUACCCCAGUAUCAACCGCAGACCUCUCAGGUGGCAGCUAGCAGUACACCACUAAAACCCCUUCAGAUUUCAACCGUGCCACAGCUUCCACCCGUGGCCCCUUCCCAGAUUCCUCAGUUUCCUGUCAUUCCUGCAAUUACUCCUCUGGCAGGACUUGACAGCCUUCCUCCAAACCUCUCUGAUAUACCUGCUGCAAACGUGCCCCCCAUACCUGCUCCUUCUCAGUAUUUUGCUCCAGCGGUGAUUUUACCAAGCCUCCCCAUGAACCCCACUCUACCUAUGGCACCAAACUCCCCUGCCCUCCCCAUGCAGGCAGUCAAUCUUCCUCAUACCACUGUGGCUUCUUUGGUCUUGCCCUGCCAAACGAUAGUGCCAAAUAUGUCGGCUGCUACGAUACCAUUGCUUGCCGUGGCUCCGCCAGGAGUGCCAGCGUUGCCACCACAUCACGGGGUGCCCCAGCUCCCCCAGCAGCAGAUGUACCCGACCACCUUCCAGCAGAUCAUUCCGAACGAAGCGCCCUCUCCCCAUCACACGCAGAGCACGCAAGCAGUAUCCCAGCCGCAGCAACCUCCACCUCCUCAGUCACUUCAGCCAAGCAUAAUUCAUCCUUCAGAACAGACUCUGUUUGCGCCUGGGGCUGGUCACCAGCAGAUUACUGGACACACUCAGUAUGCUUUGGAAGCUGGAGCCCAGGUGCCCGUGCUGCCUGUGCAACCUUCGAUAGUCAUGUCACCGCCUUUGCAGUUGCAGCCUGAACUGUUACCUCCCCGCGCCGCUCCAGAAGGCAUUUCACAGAUUCAUGGCAGCCUUGCUACAGCUAGUCCGCCUGUCCCCAUAGAUCACUGUCUGCCUCUUCAGCCUUCUGGCCUGCUCCAGCUUCAGCCCGAUCUUUCCCAGCCGCUGGGUCAGCAGCUCCCAGCUCCCUGCUCAGCUGUCCAGGCAGCCGCAGAGACAUCUCAAGAGGUAGAGCCGUUUCCUCGGAAGUAA